CUUGUGAAAUAUUUGUAUAGCAUUAUGUUAAAAGUACACUUUGUGUUAAAAGCACUUCUUUGUGACAAAUAGCGAUACUUUCAAUCAAAUGGCAAUAGUGGCAAGUUAAUAGUGGUAGUUCCUAAGUUUUCGCAUUAAAAAAUUGCACAGUAUAUAGAUGUACAAGGACAUGCUAUUCUUAAUCUAUGACUACCUAUAGAAGACAAAAAUAAAUAUUAUAAAUAGCGGGAGUUUUGACUUUUAAUUAGUUGAUUAGCGCAUCGAUUUUAACAUUCAUCGGGGUGUUUGAUUGAUUUAUUAUUUCAAAACACAAUGCAAGAAGAUAAAAAUGCAAUUUUCCAAAUGCGAUUCCCACAAAAAUUGUGGUAUUUGUUAAACAUGCGUACAGAUGCUAUACUAUGGGGUGGAACAGGACGAACUAUCUUACUAAAUUAUCGAAUCCUCCACAAUUAUCUUCAAUGUGAUUAUUCCAUUUUUAAAACAACAAAUAUAUCUAGUUUCGUGCGGCAAUUGAAUUUAUAUGGUUUUCGUAAAGUUACCUCACACUUGCAAGAUCCAUUAUGCAACUCAAGUAAUCCCUAUAUGCAUGAGUAUGUUCAUGAUUAUUUCCAGUAUGGAAGACCAGAAAUGCUGAAUAAAAUAACAAGAAAAGCUUUAGCGAUGAAAAAAAACUUCAAACCAAAGUCUUUCUACGGGGGAACAGAACAAAUGCUUUAUCUUACUCCUCUUCAAAAAGCUCGACGCGCCUUCCGGGAGGCACUAAAAAAAGCAGCUCAAGAAAUGUGUAUGCAAAAUUCUCCAGGACAAUUUUGUAAUAUCAGGUUUGAAUCUGAAGAUGGUCAAGAGGACUACUGUGAAGAUGAAGAAAAUAUGGAAUUUGAUUGGUUUAUUAUGAAAAAUGCCCAUAAAAAUCCAGAAGAUUCCCCUCAAUCAGCAACUGGUGAUAGUAAUGACAAUUUAAUCAGCAAUGAGACCUAUGAAAAUUCAUCACAAGAGAGUUUGAUGCAAUUUGAAGACGAAUCCUGUCAACAGAACAAUGAUAUAUUCCCAGUUAAGUUUUUGAGUAUGCCAGAACUAGAUUCUGAACCGGUUGAGGCAAACACAAAUGUGGAAUUGUUAGCAGGGUUUGAUAUUGAAGGUGAUAAUCAACAAAAUAUAGUAACAAAAAUUGUGGACUACAAAAAGGAUGAACAUAAUUCAUUAAAUUGUGUACUACCAUCCAUAAGUAAUGACCCAAAUGAUGUAACUAUGACUUCAAUGACAGAGAAAAAAAAUGAUGAUUCAAAUCACUAUCACGGUGAAUGGGACCAGAUGUUCAAUGAUAUAAUUACUUGUAAAGGCCCCAACCAAGAAUGUGGCUCUGAAUUGAAAGAACUAUAUUCCCAAAUUUCAAGAACAAUAGAUUUACUUAAUUCUUAGUUCAUUAGAUAAUUUUAUUUCUGUUUCCAGCAAUAAAACAAUUUAAUUAUUUGAAAUGUAUUCCUUAACAUACCAUGUUAAAAGAGAGAACUGAAAUUAUAAUAUAUAAUUAAUAUUA